AUGCUGUUACCGCUGCUGCUGCUGCUGCUGCUGCUGCUGCUGCUGCUGCUGCGGCCCGCGGGUUGCUUGGGCGCUGACGAAGUGCCGGGGGCACUGUCCACGGAUGCCCCCGCCGACCUUGACGCCCCCUGUGCCCCCAGUGCCACCUGUCCCUCAGGCGGACGUCGCUUCACCCGGCAGGCUGCCACUAGCGAGCCGCCCAGGACCCUGCAGUACUCUGCUUCUAAAACUGACGAGGAUGAGUUCCUUCCCCCCUGUGGCUUCUCCUAUGAGCGGGAUACCACCCUCAGGGAUCCGGAGGCCAUGGCUCAGCGGUGGCCAUGGAUGGUCAGUGUGCGGGCCAAUAGCACACAUAUCUGUGCAGGCACCCUCAUUGCCUCUGAGUGGGUGCUGACCGUGGCCCACUGCAUGAUCCAGAGUGAUGUUACCUAUUCAGUGUGGGUGGGGAGUCCAUGGGUUGACCAGAUAUCCAAGUCUACUGUCGACGUCCUGGCGCAGCAUGUCAUCGUGAACAGCCAUUAUCGGUCCCAUCGGUACUGGUCCGGGGUCGGCUGGGCCAAUGACAUUGCCCUCCUUAAGCUUGAGCGGCCACUCAAGUACAACAAGGAUGUCUGGCCCAUCUGCCUGCCUGGCUUGGACUAUGUGCUAAAGGACCACGCCCUCUGCACUGUAACAGGCUGGGGACUCCCCAGGGUUGAUGGUGUGUGGCCCCAGUUCAGGACCAUCCAGGAGAAGGAAGUCACUAUCCUGAACAGCACGGAGUGUGAAAGCCUCUACCACAGGUUCUCCAAAAUCCCUCUGAUUCAGAUCAUCAGCUCCCAGAUGAUUUCUGCAAAGGACGUCAACAGGAGCAGUUUUGCUAUGUGAAUAAGUGGUGAGCCCUUGGCCUGUCUUGUGGAGAGCAUAUGGUACCUGGUGGGAAUGGUGAUCUGGGGCCCAGGCUGCAAGAAGAGCAAGGCCCUGCCCAUCUACCUACACAUCUCCUCCUGCCAGCAGUGGGAACGCCUCAAUGGGCAGACUCUGCCAGCCCCAUCCAGGGCCCUGCUCCUGGCACUCCUGCUGCCCCUCAACCUCCUCGCUGUCCUCUGA